AUUUUAUCGUCCACACUGCGCCACACGUGCAAGAAAGAAAAUAACAAACUGCAAAACGCCGAAAUAAACAACAAUGAACCACUUUGAGAUUCGGGAGAUACCCGGAAAGGGCCGUGCCAUGAUCGCAACCAAGAACUUUGCGACGGACGAGGUGAUCUUCGAGGAGGAGCCCUUUGUGUCUCAUCAGUUCUCCUGGAACGUGGCCUACGGUUAUGCGGCCUGUGAUCACUGUAUGCGACCGCUGGAGACGGUUUUGGAGAAUGUGCGCCGGCUGGCCAGCGACCCCCGAGUGGAAGUCCCUCUGCUGCAGCACGAUCCAACAGCCCAAUGGGUGGCGCAGUUUACCCAGUGCCCGCGAUGCAAAGUGCGCUACUGCUCCGAGGACUGCCUAAUGGAGGCCCAGAAGCGCUACCAUCGCGUAGCCUGCAUGGGCGCUUUUCGCUCUGACGACACACAUCCUAUCAAUGUGCUAAACGAAACCUGGAAGAAGAUGCAUUAUCCGCCUGAGACGGGGAGCAUAAUGCUAAUUGUCCGCCUAAUGGCUCUUUAUCAGCAGAGUUCCAAAAAGGCCGAGUUCCUCGAACAACUGCAAUCUUUUCAGGCACUGAUAGUUAAUCGCGAACAGAAGAUAUAUCACAAAAUGCUGGGUGAGAAUUUCGAGCAGCAGAUGGAGCAACUGUAUUUAGCUUUUUGCAAUGCCUUCUCUGGCGAGGAGUUCUCAAUGUUCCGGUCACCGGAUGCGUUCAAGACCUUAAUGGGUAUUAUGGGCACCAAUAGCCAGGGGAUCGCAACGAGCGUGCUUUCCCAAUGGGUCGCCAAGGUUUCCGACUUACCUCUUCCGGAUGCGGACAAAGCCCAGCUGGACACUGUCAUUGAUGAACUCUACGCCAAAGUCGGAGAAUUUGCUGGCGAAUUCUUGAACAACGAAGGCUCUGGUCUUUACCUUCUUCAGAGCAAAAUUAACCAUAGUUGCGUGCCGAAUGCCUGCUCCACUUUUCCAUACUCCAACGAUAUUGUUGUGUUGAAAGCCCUGGCCCCAAUCCAACAAGGUGACGAGAUCUGCAUCUCCUACCUGGACGAAUGCAUGCUGGAGAGGAGUCGUCACUCGAGGCACAAAGUCCUGCGCGAGAACUAUAUAUUCGUGUGCCAGUGCCCCAAGUGCAGGGCUCAGGCUUCCGAUCCUGAUGAAACGAGUGAGGACGAGGACGACGAUGAAAUGGACGAUUACGAUGAUGACGAUGAAAUGAACUAGGCUAAGAUACUGUUCUUAAUACAGCGAUGUAUUUAUUAGAGUAGUAACCGACUCUAAUAUAUGUAUGUAUAGAUUAUAUAGAAUAUAUGUUAAAGAUUUUGGAGAAGAGUAGAAAUGUGUCUAUAUGCUGAAAAGUUAUGAAAACGAAUUGGUCAUCAUAAAAUGAUGAUGAGUUUAUAAAACUAAAGUCCCAGUAAAUCUUAUAUAGAAUAUAACACUUUUUAAUAAAUUGCUAAAAAGUU